AUGAAGUUUGGCAGAGGCAAGAGAAAAGGCUCUGUCAAAAGAGCUUUCAGAGAUGGCGAUGAUAGUUCUCAAGACUCUGAUUCUGAUCAAGGCUUUGAGCACUAUUUGAAACGUAAAUCUAGUGCAAUUGCUGGAAAUGUACCUAAAAAUGGAGAGACCGUCGACUUAGGUACCUUAGAUCGAAACAUGGAGGACAGAAAGGUAAAACCUCAGUCCUCGAAGCUUAUCGGAAAGUUCAUGGCAGCAAAAAACCAGAGAGAAAUGGAUAAACUCCAUCAACAGUCGUUGAAAGUCGAGCUUGAAGGCCAAAAGAUGGGCACGUCCGAGAGAUAUGUUACUGAAAGCUACAAGGGUCUAAAACACGAAAUGGACGACGCUUCCAAAGCAGCAGCAGAGGAGGAGUCGACAGAGGCCGAAAACUUUGGUGGCCCCAGUGUACAGCUUCAGACCUUUUUGAUGGACAAGAAAGAGCCGGACGCUUCCGAAGCACACCAUUUGCCCUCGGAAGAGAAAGUCUCACAAGCAUUGACCAAGAAGGCGCCUUUCAAAAAUGACAUAUAUGUCGUAAAUCAUCACGCCAAGACAGUGGAAUACAACAACCCCAUAUCAUUGCCUAAGCUACCGCAAUAUUCUCGCGAGAGGCUUAGCGUAGAGUUUAUGUCUUCAAAUAAGACUUCUGAAGAGAUAGCGAAACAAAGACAGCUUUACCUACUGAGAAUAGGGCUUGAAAGCUGA